UGUCCAUCAGGAGUCCAUCCAAAUCCUUAAGCUAAGCUAACAUCUCCACUCCCACAGAGACAUUAUACAUACUACUCUCUCUCUCUCUCUCACACAUUGUCCUGUUGGUACUGACCCCCACUGUCCGACCUACUUUAUUAGCCAUUUCUCCCUCUAAACACUUCUCGUCCUUGUUCUCUCUUCUUUAUACCCGCACUCUCAGCUACUCUGCCGCUCCUUUCUUCUUCUUCUUCGUCCUCUGUCCUCUGUUUCUUCCAUACAAAAGCCACGAACAUGUCUGUCAGAAUCCCACCGUAGAUUGUGUGUUCACUCUCACAGCCUCUGCAGCCCACCGGCAAAUUUUUAGGCUGCUACUCAGAUGGAUUCAGGGGUCGGGUUUCUGUGCCGGGUCUUGUCACUCUCCCUGUGCCUAGUGAUGGUGCCCCUCUGCAGCGGCUCUGAUGUGUAUGUGAAGUUCUCGGAGACUCCUCGCGCUGUUUCGCGUAACAGGACAGCUGCAUUCUCGUUUGAAGCGUAUGUAGUGGAUGGGAAUGCGGCUCCUGCUGGUUCUUGCCCGGACUGCAGCUUCAGUUGCAAGCUGGAUGAUGGGAUUUCUGCAAAAUGUGAAGAUAAGGAGGCUUCAUACUUCGGGUUAGAGGAUGGAAGCCAUUCAUUUGAGGUCUGCACCAAUGGGUCUCAAGGAACUGGCUGUGCUUCAUACAACUGGACAAUUGAUACGGUUCCUCCGACAGCGAAUGUCACAGCUUCAGCGUCUUUUACGAAUGCCCUUAAUGUCUCUGUUGCGAUAUCUUUCUCAGAACCAUGUCCCGGCAGAGGAGGUUUCCGAUGUUCUUCCACGGAUGCCUGCAACCUUCUGGUAUAUGGACCUGGGCAAGUGAUACCGUCCUCGCUUGAAAUGCUCGACCCAAACAUUACAUAUUCUCUUCUUGUAAGCAUAUCAUCUAGUGUUCAAUAUGGGCGAUUGAUCCUCGUAUCUGACAAAAACUUCUGCACCGACUCUGCUGGCAAUCUCUUCACGAGGACGGAAAGUUCGCGCUUCUUUGUACAUAUCGAUAGAAGAAGUGUUUUUGUCAACUUGAGGACUCACAUUCCUGAGCAGCUGCUUCAACUUGAUAAUGUAAUCAGAACAGUGCAAGCUACAAAUAACUAUGACAAUCUUAAGGUGUACCUGUAUUUCUCCGAACCCAUCCUCAAUUCAUCGGUGGAAAUCCUAGGUUCGCUCAACACAAGUCAGGGUCUUCUUCACCCAAUCAAUAGCAAUACCCUUGCAAAUCGCAGAUUUGGCUUCAUGGUGACCAAUUUAUCUAGUAUAUCUAUAGUAACUGUGAGCCUUGGGACAGAUACGAUAAUAAGCAGACAGGGAGCUUCCAUUUCUCCUAUUGCGCCGGUUACUUUUCUCUAUGAUACGGAGAGGCCAGCUGUGAGGCUGAGUACCACUUCAACAUUUAGGACUAAGAAGCCCAAUAUCCCGAUAUUAGUAAAAUUCAUGAAACCCGUGUUCGGGUUCAAUUCGUCAAAUGUAGUGAUACAAGGAGGGCAUUUGAAGAGCUUCCAUGAAAUAACUCGGAGCCGAUAUGCAGUUGAAAUACAAGCAGAUGGUGAUGUCAUAUCUGUUAGCAUACCUGCGAAUGUAACAGGAGAUAUCGCUGGGAACAGAAACUUUCCUUCGAAUUUUCUACAAGUGAGGCACUAUACUGUGCCCAUUGUGUCCCGCGUAGUCUCAACCUUUGCAACAGCGGCUUUCCUCACCACUGCUUUUGUUUCCGGGCUUCUCACCUUUUCCACAGCAAGUCUUCAAUCCAUCGGUGCCUUUACAAGGCCAUCUUCAGUCUUGACUUCAGAACCUUCGAGAAAUCUAUUUAGGAUUGCAUGCCACAUUCAAGUUUUUGCUCUGUCCCGGUGGUUAGCAGUUGUAUUGCCAGUUGAAUACUACGAGCUUGCUCGGAGUCUUCAGUGGAGCAUUCCUUACUUCACUCUCCCGUGGGAAGCCGGGCAUGUUGAGCCCAUUGUGGUUGGUUCAUCUCCUCCUUCAAGCUCGAAAUUCCGCCAUGCCAAUAUUCUUGGUUCCAGAAUUUACGAAAAUAUGGCACAUCCUGGAUUUGGGAGCUCAGAUAAGGAAGGUUCUGUAUACGGGUUGCCCCUGUCGCCAAUGGAGUACCACUCAUUUUUUGAGACAGAAAAUACUAGACCAGAAGCUGAAUAUAUUUGGGACCCGCAACAUGCAAGCGGGUGGAGGGAUUUUGAUAGGAAUAUGUUCUGGUUGGCCAUCAUUAGUGGGAGUUUGAUUUUUCUGCAUUUGUUGCUUCUGUUAAUUCUAAACUUCAAGAAGAAAACUUCCAACAAUCAAAGUAGUUAUGGAGUGCUCACGUUUCCAAGAUUCGAGAUAUUUCUAUUAGUGCUCGCGUUACCGUGCACAUGUCAGGCCUCUGCUGCUCUUAUCAGAGGCCGAACUUCCUUGGGGGUUAUUCUUGGCAUUUUUUUGCUGAUAUUUGUGGCCUUGGGGCUGUUAUUAUUGCUGAUGUUCCUCUCCAUUGGAAUCACUUUUGGGAAACUCCUCCAAUACAAGGAAGUCCACCAAGAAGGCCAAAAGUUCCACUGGUACCAGGAACUUGUUCGAGUAACCCUUGGCCCAGGCAAGAGAGGCCAAUGGGCAUGGAAGAAGCAGUCAGAUUCAGUUAACCUGAUCAAGUUCGGCCCUCUGUUCGAGGAUCUAAGGGGCCCACCAAAGUACAUGCUAUCGCAGAUCUCGGGAGGGAGUCUUCAAAAGCGAGACCGGAUCAUUGCAUCGGAUGAUGAAACCGAAGAUGCAGAGGCUCCCUUUAUACAGAAGCUCUUCGGGAUCCUAAGGAUAUAUUUCACUCUACUUGAAUGUAUCAAAAGGGUUUGUCUCGGGAUUGUGGCUGGGGCAUAUAUGGGGAACUGGUCCUGUAAAACUCCAUCUGUCACCUUACUAUGCAUCACUUCGUUCCAGCUCUUCUUCAUGGUACUGAAGAAGCCCUUCAUCAAGAAGAAAGUCCAGCUCGUAGAAAUCAUCUCCAUUGCCACUGAAUUGGGAUUAUUUGCGUCUUGUGUUGUUCUCCUCAGAAAGGAGUUCUUGGAGGGAGACGAGUCUAGAAUCGGCAUUUUCAUGGUUGCUCUAUUCUUAGUCGGGUUCUUUGUGCAAAUGGUCAACGAGUGGUAUGCUCUGUACUUACAGACAAGGCGGCUCGACCGGGUAGAUAAAUCAUUCUUCUCAGGCCUGAAAGUGGCUUCUCUUGGACUUCUUGUGGCCAUCCUUCCAAGGAGGAUGAUUCCAAACCUUGAGAGCAAGCUUCGAUUGAGUGGACACGGGGAUGGAGAUAAUGGAGUUCCAUCUUCCGAGAGAAACAGGAGCUCUGGGAGCAGGAGCUCAGGGUCGACCGAUAAACCGUGGCUAAGGCAGUUAAGGGAGAUGGCGAAGGCUAGCUUUAGCAGAGAAGGGUCGGCGACAACAACCCCGAACGAUCCGUCUAGUAGCCGAGCCAAGUGGAGUGGCUUUUGGGGGAACAACAAAAGCAGCAGAACAUCAGGGAACACUUCUUCGGACUUCAAAUCGAAACCGAGGGGGCUGUACAAGGAACUGGAGGCUAUUUUUGCAUCCUAGUGAAAUCUAGACCAGACAUUACCCAAUUCGACAUAAAUGAGAACAUUUUUCGAGUUCAUUAACAUUUGUAUUAAUCUUCCGAGGAUGUCGUGAGAUGGGGUUGUGUCCCUUUUUGUGUAUACAUAUUCAUCAACAUUUUCUGUAAAGAUAGUACUUUUCAAUCUAUAUAUGAAAACACACGAGUAUGUAUGGCUGCA